ACUUUAGGGGUGCUUACGGUAUAGCUAGUAAGAAAACAAAAACCAAAAAAAAACUUUUGCAUAAUAAUAAUGCCUCCCAAAAAGACCGUGUCGGUUGAAAUACCUGAUGUGGAGCAACCUUCGACUGAAGAGAAGAAACCUUCCAGGAAGGGAGGGAAGCACUCCGAGAAUGAUUCUGUUGCCGAUGAGCCUACCGAAGAGGCAGUGACACGGAAACCUUCAGCCCAUCCAUCAACGAUGGAAAUGGUCAAAGAGGCAGUUAAAGCGCUUGAUACCAGGAAGGGGUCGUCCGCACAAGCUAUUCGUCGGUAUAUUUUGGAGCACUAUCCGUCGAUGGACCAGAUAAGACUGAAAUAUAUGCUGCGCAGGGCGCUUGCUAAAGGACUGGAGAACGGGGUUCUGGUGAGGCCUCUUAAUUCCACUGCAAAUGGCGCGCAGGGGAGAUUCCGCCUUGCACCUCGGGGAAAAGCUAAAGCGCAGAAGGGAACGGAGAAUGCUGACCCUAAUGUGGAGAAACCAAAAGUGAAAACGAAAGCGAAGGGUACAGGGUCCGCAAAGCCAAAACCUGUGGCAAAAAAGCUUGUGCAUGAGGACUCUGGAACCACUCUUGCCUCUAAAGUGGCCCCUGCUAAGAAACCCAAAAAGGCUGCAGGAGUGACUAAAGCAAAGGAUGCCGUGCCCAAAUCUAAAGUGGGGUCAAAGAUGCGCAAGGCCAAAGCCACGGCCAAGUCUCCUGCCAAAGCCACGGCCAAGUCUCCUGCCAAAGCCACGGCCAAGUCUCCUGCCAAAGCCACGGCCAAGUCUCCUGCCAAAACCACGGCCAAGUCUCCUGCCAAACAGCUGGCAGGGCCAGGUGGGGCUGCUGCCAAAAAGCUUGGUAAAGGCAAGAAGAAGGUCUAGCGAAGGUGCUUGUUUUGUGUGUUAGUUUUACAUUUCCCAUUGUACAGUUUGAAUAAAGAUUUGUAUUCCUUUUUCAAA